UUUCGCUCGCCCUCGGCGCUCUCCCAGGCUCUGAACUCUGGGCAGCUGACUGCCAGAGGAACUGGAGUCCCCACUGCUUCAGGAGGAGGCGGCCGAUCGCGUCCGAGCUGGGGCUCUGUUGCUCCGGUGCCUCUGAUUAGGGGUUAUCUCGCUGCUGUCCGAGGCCAGCCUGCGCCUCCAACUGUGCGUGCGGGUGCGCGCACAGACCUCCCCUCUCCCUCUUGGCUCUCUGAGCGCAUCUCUCCCAGAGCCGCCUCCGUUGCCCCCUUCUUUUACUCUACUUCCCUCUCCUCCUUUGCACCUCGCGGGUUUUGCGAGGGAUUCCUGAAAUCUCUCUUCUCUCUCCAGACCUGGGCUUCUGUCUAGAUCUCCAGCUCAAACGGGCUGAGGAAGAAGAAACAGCUGUAGAGCCGCGGUCCCGCGGUACGCGCUCCUUUCGCCAGGAGGCAGUUCAUAGCUAGUGGCUGGACACUCAGCCCGGCAGUGGCAUUCACUCGCGGUCCGUGUCCAAAAGGCAGCAGACUGUUUUCUUUCUCUUGCCUUCUUUUACCCUGCACUGCCCAGACUCUCGCCCUUACCUAUCUUUCCUUGCCUUGGCUGCUGUUGGCUCUCUCCGCUUCUCUCUUCCUUCUGGAAAGCAUGUCAGGCUCCGGGAGAAAAGACUUUGAUGUGAAACACAUCUUGAGACUCCGCUGGAAACUCUUCAGCCACCCUUCUUCCCCAGGCGGGCCGGCGGGGGGCAGCUGUCUCCAACAGGACAGCAGUGGCAGCUUUGAGCACUGGGGGCCAAGCCAGAGCCGUCUGCUGAAAAGCCAGGAGAGGGGCAGCGGGAGUACCUUCUGGAAAAAGCCAUCCUCUUCGUCGUCCUCUUCUUCUUCCUCCUCCUCCUCUUCCUCUUCCUCCUCCUCCUCGUCCUCCAAUCCACUCAAUGGCACCCCGGCCCCCUCUGCCACCAGACUGCAUCAAGGAUUACCUGGUCAGAGUCAGCAGCAUCCUCCUCGGACAGUCUUUUAUGUGGAGUCCCUGGAGGAAGAGGUGGUGCCGGGCAUGGAGUUUACUGGAGAACAUGAAAAAACCUUGGUCCUUCAAGAGAUGAAAGUUGAGUCUGUGGACUCUCUCCAGGCAACAGGUGAAGGAUGUGGACACAGGCUGACCGCAACCAGCCAUUCUCUGACGCCCCCAAGUGAUAUGGACUCCAGUAGCUCUGAGGAAUUCUAUCAGGCGGUUCACCAUGCUGAACAAACCUUCCGAAAGAUGGAAAGCUACUUGAAGCAGCAACAGCUCUGUGAUGUGAUCCUGAUUGUGGGCAAUCGUAAGAUUCCUGCACAUAGGCUGGUCCUCAGUUCUGUCUCUGACUACUUUGCUGCUAUGUUUACAAGUGAUGUUUGUGAAGCGAAGCAAGAAGAAAUCAAAAUGGAAGGCAUAGAUCCUAAUGCUCUCUGGGACCUUGUACAGUUUGCAUAUACAGGUUGCCUGGAAUUAAAGGAAGACACUAUUGAAAAUCUUCUUGCUGCAGCUUGCCUUCUUCAGCUUCCUCAAGUAGUAGAAGUGUGCUGUCAUUUUCUUAUGAAGCUUUUACAUCCAUCAAACUGCUUAGGGAUCCGAGCAUUUGCAGAUGCUCAGGGGUGUAUUGAACUCAUGAAGGUGGCCCAUAGCUACACAAUGGAAAAUAUAAUGGAAGUUAUCAGAAAUCAAGAGUUUUUACUCCUCCCAGCUGAGGAGCUCCAUAAGCUGCUGGCCAGUGAUGAUGUGAAUGUUCCUGAUGAAGAAACCAUCUUCCAUGCUUUGAUGAUGUGGGUUAAGUAUGACACACAGAGGAGAUGCAGUGACCUAAGUAUGCUUCUUGCCUUUAUAAGACUGCCACUGCUUCCACCUCAGAUUUUGGCUGACCUUGAAAACCAUGCUUUAUUUAAAGAUGACCUAGAAUGUCAAAAACUGAUUUUGGAAGCCAUGAAGUACCAUCUGUUGCCUGAAAGAAGAACUUUAAUGCAAAGUCCAAGGACUAAACCAAGGAAAUCUACUGUUGGAACCCUGUAUGCUGUAGGAGGAAUGGACAACAACAAAGGUGCUACAACUAUUGAGAAGUAUGACCUCAGAACAAAUUUAUGGAUCCAGGCAGGAGUGAUGAAUGGCAGAAGGUUACAGUUUGGUGUGGCUGUCAUUGAUGAAAAGCUGUUUGUCAUUGGUGGUCGGGAUGGCUUAAAGACCUUGAACACAGUUGAGUGUUACAACCCCAAAACCAAGACUUGGACUGUUUUACCUCCAAUGUCAACACACAGGCAUGGUUUAGGUGUGACAGUACUUGAAGGCCCAAUUUAUGCUGUUGGAGGCCAUGAUGGCUGGAGCUACCUGAACACAGUGGAGAGGUGGGAUCCACAGAGCCAGCAGUGGACAUUUGUAGCAAGUAUGUCGAUAGCUCGGAGUACAGUUGGUGUGGCAGCAUUAAAUGGCAAGUUAUAUUCAGUUGGAGGCCGUGAUGGUAGCUCUUGUUUGAGUUCCAUGGAAUACUAUGACCCUCACACCAACAAAUGGAACAUGUGUGCACCAAUGUGUAAAAGAAGAGGAGGAGUAGGAGUGGCCACCUGUGAUGGUUUUCUUUAUGCAGUAGGAGGCCAUGAUGCACCGGCUUCAAAUCACUGUUCUCGUCUGUUAGACUAUGUGGAAAGAUAUGACCCUAAAACAGACACAUGGACCAUGGUGGCUCCUUUGAGUAUGCCUCGAGAUGCUGUUGGGGUCUGUCUACUGGGUGACAGGUUAUAUGCAGUAGGUGGGUAUGAUGGACAGUCCUACCUGAAUACUAUGGAAUCCUAUGACCCACAAACAAAUGAAUGGACACAGAUGGCUUCCUUAAACAUUGGAAGAGCAGGUGCCUGUGUUGUAGUUAUCAAGCAACCUUGAUCUGCUUACAUUACUUGGGAUUUGACUCACUGAAGUGAUUAUUUUUCUAUCAGAUGAUUAAAUGGUAACUUUAUAAGAAAAAGAUUUCAUGAAAAUUGGGCUAUCGCUAUCAAAGAAGGUGGAAGACCAAAAAGAAGGAAAUGGAGUAAAAGAACAUCAAUCACUCUGUUUUGGGGACAAAUAUCUGGCCAUGUUGUAGAUAGCUGAGGAACUAUUACUGGUACUUUGUUUUAUAGAAUAUCUAAUAACCAGAAAUGCCAAAAGUUGUGUUUUUUUUUAAUUAACCAAAAGAUGAGAAACAGGUUUUUAUUUGUGGCAUGGCUACUUUCAGUAAUUAUACAGUAUUCAUUUUUAAUGUCAUAUAUUUUAAAUGGAAACCAACAGUACUUACCUUUCAUUGGUCAGGUACAUUUGGAUGAGUUUUAUUUUCCUAAUUUGAUGUGAUUUUUGAAAGGAAGCAGAAUAAUUUCUAUAAAAAUAAAGAUGUUCAAGAGGACUUAUAUUCUUCAUUUUCCUAAAUCAGAAUGAAAAUUGAGCAGAAAGACUUGUGAUUGCCUCUUCAACUUAGGAAACAAAACAAGAAAACUCUCCCUUUGAUUAGAAGUGCACAUCUCGCUUGUGGAGGUGGUUGCAUUUUAUUCUGGAUGCCUAAAUAGACUGAACAAGCAAGAUAAAAGAACUGUUUUAGCUAGGGUGUCCACAAUAAUUUUGUUUGAUAAGAACAUGAGCCAAAGAUAUAUGGUUUAAUAAUUGACAUUUGCCUUGUGUUGAGUUCAGUGUGUGCAUGUGAGAUGUAGUCCUAGAGUACUUCUUUGCAUGCCUUGCAUGUUAAAGGCCAGAUACCACUUAGAAAAACUAAACUGUCUAGCUUAUUAAAAUGGUGAUGUCAAGGUCUUAAGGUCACAAGUGGGAAAGCAAAUUUCUAAUUCUUACUCCACUAGUGACUCUUUUGGAGCCAAUAGCACUGAAUGAUGUAGUCUUUUAUCUAUUCCAAAAAUUCCUUGUGAAGAAUAAUUUGCCAAUGAAUAAAAAUUCAAGUAGCAUGGUAGUUUCUUUAAUGGGCCUAUGGAUACUCACGUGUCAACCAACAAAUGGUUGAAAUAAAUAGUAUUUUUAGCAAUGAGUUUUGCAUUUCAUUUCUUUUGAAGUAAAACUGAGGAAAGAAAAGUAUUAAGAUAGAGUAUGAUGAAAAGUACGUUUCCAUUGCUUUCCUCAGACCUUGAACAGUCUAUAUCUACAUCAAAGGAUCAGAUCCAGAUUCCUCCUAAGUAGACCAGCUGCCAUCAACAGAAGUUUCAUUAAAGCUCUCAUUCUCACUUAACAUCAUCAGUACUUAAUGGAGUGUCCACUCUUAUAGAAAAAACAUGUAAUAAGACUCAGGAGGCAUACAACCCUGGAGAAGUGGCCAGGAACUGACAGAACAGGGAAAUGCCUCCCUCUGAGCUAAUGAAAACUAUGUAAGAAUGGGGGGGGGGAUGUCACAUUUGAGAUUCAGAAGCAUGAGGGCAUCCUAUCUAACUGGUUGUAGUUCCUCAUUUUUAUUGGGUAUUUACGUUUAUUGAGUAUUCUUAUUGGGUAUUUCUUACUACUAAGAUACAUUGAAAUAUAAUUCAUCAAAAAAAGAAACUGGAAAUUUAUGGAUUUAAAAAAAAUAAAAUGAAAGAAAUCUAUUAAUGUUCUUUUCUCUGUCAUUGUUAUCUUCAUAGCACUGAGGUGUAUGGAAGGCUCUUUAUGAUUUUAGGGCCAAGUUCAGCAGGGAAUGUUCUACAUACCAAAGCCAUCAACAUAGAUACUAGAACAGUAGUAGUCAGAUCCUAAAUUCCAAGAGUCAAUUAGAGAGCUAAUUAUAAAUAAGGGAAGCUUUCUUUAUACAAGGACUG